AUUCAGGCAGAGGCUGAGAGGGGAAAAAAUAGCUGCGAGGUUGAAGUAAACAUGGAGCUCUCUGCCGUCGGGGAGCGGGUCUUCGCCGCUGAAUCCAUCAUUAAACGGCGCAUAAGGAGAGGGCGGAUGGAGUAUCUGGUCAAAUGGAAAGGCUGGUCUCAAAAAUACAGCACCUGGGAGCCAGAGGAGAAUAUUCUGGAUGAGCGUCUUUUCGCUGCUUUUGAAGAAAGGGAGCGUGAGAGGGAGAUGUAUGGGCCAAAAAAGAGAGGACCUAAACCAGAAACGUUUCUAAUGAAGGCAAAAGCUAAAGCAAAAAGCAAAACCUAUGAGUUUGGACGAGAGAUGUCCAGAGAUAUACGUGUGUCUUUUCCAGUAGCAGAACCUGUUGUGACACCCAGAGCACGUGAGGGACUGCGGACAGUUGUGCCAACAAUCUUUCCACCUAGCACCAUUAACAGAGGUGAAAGUGUUCGUGUGCGUCCACCAGACUCUGAAAGAGACACCCUGACACAUGGCACUUCAAUCCAGUGCCCACUUGAUUUUGCCAACUCACCAAAAAAGCGAGGACCAAAGCCAAAAAUGCAUCCAGCUGGAGGGUCAUCCUCUGAAGGCAUUAAAAGAAAGGCAGAUGAAUCGUUAUCUUACCGCCCUUCCAAAACCGAGAGAUCAGGAGAGACCUCUAACUGUGAUAUCAUGCAUUUUACCCAGAAAUACAAAGCAGAAACCACCCAUGAUGGGAAGCAAAUGGGAAGCAGAUCCAGUGAUGUGAAAUUUUCACAUGGUGGAAGCUUCUUAAAAGCUGGGCUAGGCAUUUUGGGACAUCGACAAAAGGUUGGCUCUGGUGGUGCCAUAAACCAACAAGCCAAGAUGAAGCAUCCUCCCAAAAACAAUCUAUUUCGAUCCACUGAUCAAACCAGAGAGCAGCUCUCUCUGAGCUUUGUAGAUGAUACAGACCAGUCCUGGCUGCCUUGUUUGAAGAAUAUGGAGAAAAUUGUUGUUACUGAUGUAACAAGUAACUCAUUGACUGUAACCAUAAAAGAGAGUUCAACAGACAAAGGGUUCUUUAAAGAAAACAGAUGAUGAGAUAGUUUAUGUAUGUAUGAUGAUAUAUUGUAAUCAAAGUAGAAAAAAAAACUUACAUUUCUAUAUCAUUUCUAGUCUAUAAAGUCUUUCAAUCGUGUAUAUAAUGCAAAAAUAUAUAUAGUAUAUGUUUAGCCUACAUUUCCAUUCACGUUUUCUAUGAAAAUGAAGUUUAUUUUUCUAUUUCCCCAGAUUUUUAUGUAACUUUACCCCUUUUGGUUGCCUUGGUCAGCUUUAUUAUGAAUGUAGGGCAUAGAAGCUGUUAACAUAUACUAACGUUUCAACGUAAUGCACCUUUUAAAGGGACAUAUUGUUUAGUCCCUUUUUAUGAACUUAUUUUUUCCGGAUAGAUUUUGUACAUACUUGAAGGUCCAAACGGUAGUCUCUAUUAAAGCACACCCUUUAAAAGGCAUGAAGGGAAAUAAGCUACAUGCAUUCAUAAACUUGUUUUAGGCCUAAAAAUUUCCGCUUCAGAAUCAUUUUUCGUUUUUCUGCUCAAUAUAUGACUUACGAUAUCUUUUCCCCUCUUUAAAAACUACACAGGUAUUUGAUUGGUACGAAUUGAUUUCAAGUCGCUCAAGUAGCAACUCGUAGACAACAAUUAAAUCGUAUUAAUAUAAUUAAAACGACAUUAUAUUAACCCGGAAUUAACGGUUCGGCUUUUGCAGAGGGGAAGAAAACAAAGAAAAUGUUCAAAUGUAAUUGGUUAUUUAGUGCAUUAUUGAUUUCAUCCAAUUCUUCGCUAAUUUUACGUUUUUUUCCGUAUAUUCAGUUUCUAUCCAGUCUUAUGUUAGCCUAAUCGAAUUAAUAAACCAUACGUCGAUGUUUUUAUUACAGACCCAGUUACUGUAAACGAUUAAACAUAAAAAAAUAAACCUAUAUAUCAUAUAUAGCUUAAUCUCAAAAGCAUGCCGACCUUCUUGGGUGAAGUAGAUCAUUAAGAUCUGAUGUCUUUCAAAAAUUGGGGUGAACAAUCUGCGAAUGAUCCAACCAUUCGUCCAAAGAUAUUCACUCGGUUUCAGGCUUAUUUUUAAUUACCUACCGUGUACUGUAAAUCUAUAAAAUUAAUUACUAUUAUUAUUAUUAUAGCUGCAAAAUUUAUUCGUAUUUUUAUGAUUUAACAAUUAUAAAAAAGCCACCGCAAUCCCACACUGUCGGAAACAGAAACCACUGUAAGGGGAUAAACGUAAGUUUUCAUUUUUAAUAAUCUAUAGGGGAAGAAAUUAUUUCUGGAAUAAAUCAUGGCUGUUGACUAAACAAUAUGAACAUUAUUUUAAUAACACAUAGAAACACAAAACGUUUUCCUAAUCACGGUGGUUUCAAAUUAAAAUUGAUAUCAAAAUUACAUUUCUGUAGAUUUAUUAACAAAAGCGCUUGUUGAAGAAGUUCAGUCCACAAGAUGUCGCCAUGAACUUGAUAUAGCAAAUCCGUGUAUACUUUUAAAAACCCGUUAAUACCAUCUACGGCUUAUGUACUGUGAUCUUUGCUUUAAAGUUAAAAUGUAAAUGUUUAAAACGCAUUUAGGCCUAUAAAUAGCAGUCACAGAUGUUCAAUGUGUCAAAUGUUUUUGUGUUUGUAUACUGUAUGUUUUCAUUGGUUUAUUGAUUUUGGACUGUCUUGUGUUUUAUGAUUCAGAUGUAAAAAAAACAGUCAAUAUAACACUGAAAUAAAUGUGAGAACAAU